AUGAAUGGAGUUAACCCUCUAAUAGUGUCAUGUGUACAUAACAACAGUGAUAUUAGCCGACUCUUGAUAGAAGAAGGAGCAGAAGUUAAUGUUUCUAAUAUAAAUGGAGUGACCCCUCUUAUAGUGUCAUGUAAACAUGACAAUAGUUAUAUUAUCCGAUUAUUAAUAGAAAAAGGAGCAAACGUAAACGUUUCUGAUGAAAGGGGACUAACCCCUCUUAUAUGUUCAUGUAAGUAUGACAACAGUGACAUUGUCCGAUUAUUGAUAGAAAAAGGAGCAAACCUUAAUGUAUCUAAUAGUUUUGGAAAAGAUCCUCUAAGUUUGUCAUGUAAAAAUGGCAACAGUGAUCUUGUGCGACUAUUGAUAGAAAAAGGAGCAGAAAUUAAUGUAGUCAACGAAGAUUGCCUAUCCCCUCUCAUUUGGUUAUGUGAAAAUAACAACAGUGAUAUUGUCAGAUUAUUGAUAGAAAAGGGAGCAGAAGUUAAUGUUUCUGAUGUGGAUGGACAGACUCCUCUAAUAUGGUCAUGUAGAAAUAACAACAAUGUUAUUGUCCGAUUAUUAAUAGAAAACGAAGCAGACGUUAAUGUUUCUAACGAAAGGAGACAAACCCCUCUUAUAAAAAAAGCAGAAGUUAAAGUAGUUAAUAAAGAUGGCGAAACCCCUCUUUCAUUGUCAUGUAAAAAAGACAACAGUGAUACGAUCCGAUUAUUGAUAGACAAAGAAGCAAAAGUUAAUGUAUCUAAUAAAAGUGGAGAAACCCCUCUUAUGUGGUCAUGUUAUAGGGACAACCGUGACAUUAUCCGAUUAUUAAUAGAAAAAGGAGCAAAAGUUAAUGUAUCUAAUGAAAGUGGAGAAACCCCUCUUACAUUGUCAUGUUACAAGGACAACAAUGAUAUUGUCCGAUUAUUAAUAAAAAAUGGAGCAGACGUCAAUGUGUCCAAUAAAAGGGCAGACGUUAAUUUAUUCAAUACAUAUAAUGGAACCCCCCUAAUGUGGUCAUUAAAAAGUGGCAACAGCGAUGUUUCACGAUUAUUGAUAGAAAAAGGAGCAGACGUUAAUUUAUCUAAUAUAUUUCAAGAAACCCCUGUUAUAUUGUCAUGUAAAAAUAGCAACAAAAAGGGUGCAGACGUUAAUGUAUCUGCUAUGGAUGGAAGAUCCCCUUUAAUAUUGUCAUGUGAAAAUAACAACAGUGAAAUUGUCCGACUAUUGAUUGAAAAAGGAGCAGACGUUAAUUUAUCUGAUGUGGAUGGGCAAACCCCUCUUAUAGAAUCAUGUGACACGGAAAACAGUGAUAUUAUCCGAUUAUUAAUAGAAAAGGGUGCAGACGUUUAUGUUUCUAAUAUGGAUGGAGAAACCCCUCUUAUAUUGUCAUGUUACAGGGACAACAGUGAUAUUAUCCGAUUAUUAAUAGAAAAAGGAGCAGACGUUAAUGUUUCUAAUAUAGAUGGAGAAACCCCUCUUAUAUUGUCAUGUCAAAACGACAACAAUGAUAUCAUCCGAUUAUUAAUAGAAAAAGGAGCAGACAUUAAUGUAAGUGAUAUGAACGGAGAAAUCCCUCUUAUAUUGUCAUGUCAAAACAACAACAGUGAUACUGUCCGAUUAUUAUUAGAAAAUGAAGCAGAUAUUGAUGUAUCUAAUGCAUGA